AGUGCUUGGCAGUAGGUGCCGCUGUGAAGGCUGUGUUGAUAAUGCGGUAGCAAGAGGUGGCGCUGUGCUCACCCUGGUGGGGCAGGGAGGGGCACCUCUAGUGCAGCAGCAGCGGCAGCAGCAGCAGCAGCAGGCAGUACCCACACCACUACUACACAUACCCUGCGCCCACACCUCCAGUGAUUGCUCCAACACCACCACCUCCAUCCUCCGCCACUCCAACAUCCGGGAAGACUGCUGUCACAGGAUGACAGGGUCAGUGUUGGAGGAUGGGCUGUUGCAAGAGGUAUCGUGCGUGAAGACCUACGUUAGGCUGAGGCAGCACACCCGGGCACCAGCUGACUCUUAUUUGCAUUUUCACACUCGAUAUCCAAAAAUGACUGAUACCCUGCUGGUGAACCGGAAGGUGGAGCAGAAGCAGGAACAAACAGUGAAGCGGACUGAAGUAACAGCACAGAGGGUCUUAGACAAGGAAAGAACUGCAAAACCCACUUCAAAUGUUGGUCAGCCGGAGGUGACAACCACCACUACCUCCUACAGUGUUGAUUACGGCCCCCACACCACUAACGGUCACCAUCACGACUCUCCUGACACCUCCAGACACUCUGUGUCAUCUGCAGGCCAAGAUAGCACACAGUUGGUUUCUCGAAAGCAGACACAACACACUACACAACAGAUAACAACAACCACCAAGGUUAUUCGUGAAGUGCAUCACAUUGGUCCUGACGGUGAGGUGUUGGAUUCUUAUCAAGCUGGUGAAUACAACCCGUACGGUCAAACUCCCUUACAACCCGGCUAUGCCAUGGACUCUUAUCGCCCUCAUUCUCCUGCCAGUGAAGCUGGCUCUCGAAGUCGUUACGAGGGCUACCCACCCACUUCUAAUGCUGGUUAUGAAUAUGACCCCUACUCCCGAGGACCUCCAGCUCAUCAAGAUUAUCCUUACGACCAAGUUGGUUACCCGCCUCAGACUCAAGCUGGAUACAGUGGUCACUAUCGGGAUGCUGCAGGUAACUACGUGGAUCCUGGCUACCUACAGCGCCCUCCUACCCCACCUUCACCUAGUGAACGUUCCGAGUCUCCCCCUCCUCACCGCACCAUGCAGCAAGGUACCCGUGUCUCUUCCUCAAGCGUUAAACAGGAGACUGCACAACACGCUGGAGCCAAGCCAAAAAUUAAGCAAACUUCAAAAGAAAAUCUACCAAGUCGAUCUGCCCAUGUAAUUCUGUGUACAGACAUCUCAGCUACAAAAACAGGCUUUUCAAACCAUUCACCUGCAGUACCAUGCUUAGAUGCUAGUGUUAGUCUUGACUCUCCAUUUUGGUCAGGAACAGAGCAGGGUGUGUGUGACGUGAAACAGGGAGAGAGACUAGGCCAUAGUAUAAUCUGUGGAAGUAAUUCUAAAGUUAGUGGUGGAAGUCUUAAGUCACAUCAGAAGCCAAAGACAAAGUCAAAGUCUCGAAAUCUUAAAGGCAGAAAAAUUACACGUUCACUAAGUGCAUCGUGUGUAAGUGUUAGUACAAAUACAGACCCCAGGGAUUUUAUGGAGUUGGCAAAGGUGUGUGCUACAUUGCCAGGGCGCAGGAGACUCGAGGAACCCAGUGAUGAAGCAACAAAUGUUAUGGAAAACAAAGAAUGUUAUUCUCCUUCCAGUAGUGAUAAAACUUCACAGCCAGAAGAGAAAUGUCCAUUGGAAAAUGGUGAUGUAGCCAUUAAUACAUCCUUAAAGCUCACAGAUAAGAACACUGUCUCACAAGAUCUCUGCCUUGAAGACACUGAAUUACAGAAUGUGAAAGAAAUGUCGAAUAAAAUAAUUGAUAACAUAAUGGAGGGCUGUGUUAAUGAAUUAAAUGAAGUGGCAUGUACUAGCAAAGGAUUAGGAGAACCUGAGAGCUUCAGUAGUCAACGAUGUGCAGGUGAUGGUUGUGAUGAUUCCAACAAAGGAUAUAUUGAGCUACCCACAUACAAAUCUAGUGAAAACUUAUCGUGCCGUACUGCUUUUAUGUAUGAGCAAUUUGAUUGUUUAACUAGUGAAAGCUCAUUAGUUGGGCAGUUAUACACACCUUCACCUCAAACAGAAAAUGAUUCAGAUAUUUUACCAACAAGCCAGAGUUUAAGUGUUUAUGAAGGAAUAAUCUUAGAGAAAAGGCAAGUUUUAGAUAAAGAAAAGAGAUUUAUAUUUGUUAGUGAGCAGGAUAGACUCCCUACAGUGUCUACAGACAUGAAAAUUAUGGACAGUUACAAUAUUCAACCAACUAAUCCAGUAACAGUCCUCAGUUAUAUAUCUGUUCCUCCAUCUGCUUGUGACAAAGUAGAAAUGAACUUGUUUAAGUCAUCAUUUACGUCCCCCAUUAUCGAUAUCCAAGCUUCAGAAAAUGCACAGGAGCAACUUGAUUUUCUUUAUUUGCCAUCCCAUAAUAGUAAAAGUGAAAGUUUCCAAAAGACAUCUAAUAAUGAAGAUAUAGAGACUGACAUGAAUGUAUUAGCACUGAAGAAUGAAGAUCUGGAUUCUUCACCAGGUUGUUCAUAUCUCGCUCUCAUGAAGGAUCAGGCCAUUCAGCCUGUACAAAGAAAACAGUUAAACAAAGAAAUAUCAAUAGAAUCUUGCCCAGAUGUUGUUCUUCAGACACUGGAGGGUGAAGGUUUUUCAACCCAGAAAAGUUUAAAGAAAACUGUCACUUUUCUGCUGCCACCUGAACACUGGGAUUCCCUCAUCUCUCUUAGGGAGAGUAACAUUGGUGGCUACCCUCAAAGUGGCUAUGCAGAGCUAGAUGGUACUCUGCUUCCUCCCAAUGGCGAGGACCCUUAUCGUAACACACCAUCACCUGGGAUGCAGGGGAUCCCACAAGAUAGAUACGAUGAUGGCCUUGAAGGUGAUGUCCGUGUUGGGGAUUACCCUGAAGAUAGCAGGUAUCCCGGAGCUGAGAGUGGCAUGGGGUCCCCUGAUGGGGUUGUGUAUGGGCGGCUGCUGGGUGCUCCCCGCUCACCCUAUACUAUAAAUGGAGGGGUGAGGGCAAGUGCUGAGCCUCUUUUACCAUCCCCUGCUAUGUAUGAUGAAGAACCCCCUCAUGCACAGCACCCUGCACCUCCCCCACACAUCCCACCAUCAACUCCCUCUUUGCCACCUCCACCAAUCCAAAAUCACGACAACUAUGCACAUCCCAACCUGCUACGCUCUCCUUCUGCAGACAGCAGUGCUCCUAGAGUUCGGUGGAGAGAUCCAGACCUACACGAGGUUAUCGACUUCUUAAGCAACCCCAACAAUGUUGUGAAGGCAAAUGCUGCGGCAUAUCUUCAGCAUCUAUGCUAUAUGGAUGACACAACUAAGCAAAAGACACGAAUUUUAGGUGGCAUUCCUCCUCUUGUAGCUCUCCUCACACAUGACUUGCCAGAGCUUCACCGGAAUGCAUGUGGGGCACUUAGAAACUUGUCAUAUGGACGCCAAAACGAUGAAAACAAACGAGCUAUAAAAGAUGCACAAGGUAUACAAGCUUUGGUGAGACUGUUACGCAAAACACCUGACAACGAAAUAAAAGAGUUGGUCACUGGCAUUCUGUGGAAUUUAUCAUCUUGUGAGGACUUGAAGCACAGCAUCAUUGAUGAUGCAUUAACAGUUAUUGUUACCCACGUCGUCAUUCCAUGUUCAGGCUGGGAUGGGGGAGAAGUUGAACGGGACCCUAAUGUAGAUGUCUGGUGGUCUACUGUAUUUAAAAAUGCCUCAGGAGUUUUAAGAAACGUAAGUUCGGCUGGUGAAUAUGCACGAACAAAACUACGUCAGUGCCUCGGGCUUGUAGACUCUCUUCUCACAGUGAUUAAAUCUGCAAUUCAGGGGUCUUCCCAUGAUAAUAAGAGUGUUGAGAAUUGUGUGUGUAUUUUACGUAACCUCUCUUACCGAUGUCAAGAAGUUGAGGAUCCUAACUACGAUAAGAAUCAGCCACCAACCCAGUCUCGUGCCACUGCUACAGCCAAGGACGGAGAAGGGGAAGGGACGGACACUUGUGGUAGGUCUUCGGAGCCCAAGGACAACCUGUGUGAUAACCUAGGAUGUUUUGGAGGUAGCAGAAAGAAAAAAGAUGCAGUGGGUGGGGCAGUAAAGGAAACCAGUACUGGACAGCGGACGACGGGGCCUCGCACGGAACCUUUACGGGGCAUGGAACUUCUCUGGCAACCUGAGGUAGUAAGUACCCAACCCUGUCCCAUCCUAACAGUAACCUACACCAUCUAAGACACAACAGCAUAGCUUUUUACCUUCUGCAGGCUUGUUUCAAGGUGGGAUUUAAAGUUAUGCAGCACUUUUGCACAUAAAUUAU